AUGUUGGAGACACAUACACAGUUUAUUCCGUCAAGCAAGAACAGGUACGUAACGAGUGAUCUGGCCGCAACGUCGUACACUAUUAAUGACAAGCUGGACCAAUUGCUGCCCCUAAAAGAAUCUGUCGAGAGCUUGGAAGAUGCUGUUCACUUCAUGAGCGAGCAGUACGAUCAGCUUCUAACACGCACGGGAAAAAAUGAACGCGCUGUCGCGGAUAUCAAAGGAAGGUUACUAAAGCUUGAAGAACGGGAGGAGGUCACACAGCUUAAGGCCGAGGUUGACUACUUGGGAUGGCAAAGCCGUAAACUAAACCUGGAAUUCCACGGAAUUCCGCAAACUUACAAUGAGAACUUAUUGGAAGAAAUAAAUGCGCUAGCAGGAAAGGCCGAGCUCCCACAACUUUUGCAACAUGAUAUUGUGGCGAUCCAUCGACUGCCCGCUAAAAAAGGAAAAACGCCAGGUGUUAUUUGUCGCUUUGCCAAACAAAUGAAGCGAGAUGAAUGGUGGCAAAACCGGAAGAAGCUGAGCAGUGUAGAUGAUAAGUUGUUUUUGCAAGAAAACUUAACCAAACGAACUCGUGCACUUCUUUUUCAGGUGAAAAACUGGUCAAAGAUAAACGGUUUCAAGUACGUCUGGCAUCACAAUGGACGAGUCCUCGUGCGCAAAACUGACGGCGAAAAUGCGGUGGCCAUUUCAAGUUCUUGCGACUUGAGUAAACUAAGAUAA